AUGAACUGUGCAAUUUCCGGAGAAGUUCCCUUGGAGCCGGUGGUUUCUACGAAGUCAGGUUUACUCUUCGAGAGACGAUUAAUUGAAAGGCAUAUCUCGGAUUAUGGGAAAUGUCCGGUUACUGAUGAACCACUUACCAUUGAUGACAUUGUUCCCAUCAAAACUGGGAAGAUCAUAAAGCCGAAAACCUUGCAUACAGCUAGCAUCCCUGGAUUGCUUGGUACAUUCCAGAAUGAAUGGGAUGGUUUGAUGCUAUCAAAUUUUGCACUGGAGCAACAACUACAUACUGCAAGGCAAGAGCUAAGUCACGCCUUGUAUCAGCAUGAUUCUGCUUGUCGUGUAAUUGCCAGACUAAAAAAGGAAAGAGAUGAAGCACGUCAAUUGCUUGCAGAGGUUGAGAGACACAUACCUGCAGCCCCAGAAGCUGUCACAGCUAAUGCUGCUCUGAGUAACGGUAAACGAGCUGCCGGUGAGGAAGGAGAACUGGGUCCUGAUGUGAAGAAAUUGUGUCCUGGAAUUUCAGCAGAAAUUAUCACAGAAUUGGCAGAUUGUAAUGCUGCUCUUUCCCAGAAGCGCAAAAAGCGACAGAUUCCUCAAACAUUGGCUUCAUUGGAUGCUUUGGAGAGGUUCACUCAGCUCUCAAGCCACCCACUUCACAAGGCCAACAAACCGGGCAUUAGCUCAAUGGAUAUUCUACAUUCUAAGGAUGUCAUUGCUACCGGAGGAGUUGAUGCAACUGUUGUUCUCUUUGAUCGCCCUUCAGGACAAAUCUUGUCAACUCUGACUGGUCACUCGAAGAAGGUUACAAGCGUAAAAUUUGUUGGUGACAGUGAUAUUGUCUUGACUGCUUCGGCUGACAAGACAGUCCGAAUCUGGAGGGAUUCUGGGGAGGGGAAGUAUGCUUGUGGGCAUACAUUGAACGAUCAUUCUGCAGAGGUGCGAGCUGUAACUGUGCAUGCUACAAAUAAGUACUUCGUAUCAGCGUCUCUGGACAGCACAUGGUGCUUCUACGACAUGUCCUCUGGCUUGUGCCUUGCAAAGGUAUCGGAUGAUUCUGAGAAGGUAGAUUACACCGCUGCUGCUUUUCAUCCCGAUGGUCUUAUUCUCGGAACCGGUACUUCUCGAUCUGUUGUGAAGAUUUGGGAUGUUAAAAGUCAGGCAAAUGUGGCGAAGUUUGAUGGACACACUGGGGAAGUUACCUCUAUAUCAUUCUCUGAAAAUGGUUAUUUCCUUGCGACUGCUGCCGAGGAUGGUGUUAGGUUGUGGGACCUGCGUAAGUUGAGGAAUUUCAAGACAUUUUCAUCUGCAGAUGCAAACUCUGUGGAGUUUGAUCCGAGCGGAUCUUAUCUCGGUAUUGCUGCAUCAGAUAUCAGAGUAUAUCAAACAGCGAGUGUGAAAGCGGAGUGGAACCUUAUCAAGACACUUCCAGAUCUCUCAGGCACUGGUAGAGCGACGUGUGUGAAGUUUGGUCCAGAUGCGAAAUACAUUGCAGUUGGUUCGAGGGACCGUAACCUUCGUAUAUUUGGUCUCCCUGGGGAAGACAGAGCCAACGCGGAUGAUGAUUCUGCACAAGACUCGUGA